AUGGCGAACAUAAAAGACGGCUUCGCGAGAAAAGGAACAUUUCGUUCGGAUUAUGGAUACAGAGCUUCCCCCGACAUGGCGGCCGCGCGCGCAGAGGCGCUGCUUCCGCGCGAGCGGAGCGAGUGCAACCUGCAGGGCGGGCACGAGCAACACCUGCACCACCACCACCACGGCUUCGGCGAUAAAACUAUCACGUUCUGGGGAUCUUGCGUGCUCAACUUCAAUAAUAUCACGGGACCAGCUGUCGUGGUUCUCCCGUUGCUAUACGCCCAGGCGGGAUGGUUUUUACCAACUGCGGGGUUGACGCUCAUGUGGCUGUUUUCGUCGUUUGCGGCCACGAUGAUGUGCGAGGCGCAGCAGCGAAUUCCGGGUAACAAGGGUUUCGCGAGGCGGUUUGAGUACUGCACGCUCGUACGGCAUUAUUUCGGCGAUCGGUGGUACACGCUCGCGCAAAUCGGAUUCAACGCGGGGCUGCUCGCGUCGAAUAUCGCGUCCAUGAUUGUUACAUCGCAGGUCCUAGACUCGGUUGUGUACCGACUAGCCGGCACGUCCUAUGGCUUGGACUACGGGCAGUGGCCGCCUGCAUUCAUCGAAUCUCUUGCAACGGGGGAAGCAGGAGGGAACGUGUGUGCAUGGGGGACCACCAGCAGCGGUGACUGCAACCGAUCAGUGAUCUCCCUGGGUUUUGUCCUGGCAAUGGCGGUGUGCGUCCCAUUCGCCCGUCUCAACCUAGACGACAACAUGGGCUUCCAGUGGCUCUCCAUGCUCGCCCAGCUGCUCUUCUCCUUUGAGUUCGCCGCCCAGUUCCUCUCCAACCUCUUCCCGGGCUCUCCUAAUUACUGCACCGGAAAUGGGCCUGGGAGAACACCGUUUUUGGGACUCGAUAUAAGCCAGGUCCUAGGAGUGUGUGUGUUUGCGUACUCCUACGUCAGCACCAUCCCCUCGUGGGCCAAUGAGAAGAAGCCAGGUGUCAACGUCAACCGAGCCAUCUGGCUGCCUGCCUCCGUUGGUUGCGCCUUGAAUAUCCUACUCGGCCUCCUGGGCGCGUGGGCGUACAAGCUAGUGGACGACGCAGGGCACCCGUUCAAGGGCACGGACAACAUGCUCAACAUGCUGGAUGGGCAGGCCGAUGCCGCAACCGCGUGCGGCCAUCCCCAUGUCUCCCCAGCUACGGAAUUUUCCGUCUACAUGUGGGGUUUCUUCGGCUACAUUCCGGGAAUCCCCAUCCUGGCCAUCAUGGUGCGCUACAACCUGCAGGCCUCGGGUCUCUUCUCCGACUCUUCUGCAUUCUUCUGGGCGGUUGUGGCGCCCUGGUUACUCACUGCAUUCUUCUACCAGGCCCAGGUUCUAGUGCAGUUCUGCAACUGGGUGGCCAUCAUCUGUCAAGGAUUCAUCAAUCUCGUCGUCCCAACGCUGCUCUUCCGAGCCGCACUCGUCACAUACCCCACCCCCGAAGAGCUCGAAUCUCGAGGCUACCUCAUCGUCUCCUCCUCCCCUCCCUCCUCCACACCGCUCUCCACCACUCCGCCCGCCUCCACACCGCUCCGAACCUCCUCCAGCGCCGAUCGGAGCUUUGUGGGUCUGAUUCAGAAUGUGAUUGCUGCGCUUUCUCCCAAGCACUCACCAAGUUCGUCUGAAGGAGGAGGAGCGGGAGUGAUGGAGAGUGAUAUGGAAGGGGCCGGUGCUUAUAAGCAGAUGCCGGACGGUGCAGGAGGGGAGGUGGGGCGGGAGGGAGAUGUGAUUGUAGAGGGGGCUCGGGUGGUGGAUUCGGAGAGUGACAGUGGGAGUCUGUCAGCAUUGCCAUCACUCUUCUCUCGCCCUAAAGCUUUGGAGCGUCUAGAGCCCUUAAAGCCCACAUGGCUGCGUGUGGAUCCCUUGAUAUUCGCCAGCGCGAUGACAUGGACCACAGGGUUAUUAGUGGCUGUCAGCAUCGCCAUCACCCUCCUCUCCCCUUAA